AUGGCUGUCUGCGAGCAAUGGAUAGACGACUUCGAUGUCCAUGUCGGCAUCAACAAUAUAAUCGCAAAGGACACAUCCCCAAAGAUCACCUAUGAACCUCCGGAAUUGGCCAGGCAGAGCAUAACCGACAAGCUGAAACUGCAAUUCUGGCCGCCUGCUAAACGGUCAUCUACUACCUCCGCGAGCUCGAGAGGACGAACCCCAGAGUCCUCCAGCUCAGGACGAUAUAUUUAUAUCGGCCCUAAUCGUGACAGGCUGGCUGCUGGUUCUCGCGAGUCGCUGUUGACAGUAUCUACAAACCGGCAUUCAAAACACAUGGAUUCACCUACUAUACCGGGUUAUUUCCCGAGCCAUGAGAGAGCUCAAACUGCCCUAGGGUUUUCCCGACCGUCUUCAAGAGCUCGCGACCAUUCACCCCUGGGUUACUCAAGUUUCAGCGACAGGCGCACUGCCAGACAAAUGGGGAACAGUUGCAACACAUCCAGACAGUCACCGAGUCCACAUUCAACCGGAAGACUUACGCCCUCAAGCAACCAGCCGAUCAUGGCACAUCAGCAACAACCUAGAGCCCGGCUGCAACGCAAGCGGAGCCCGACCAAGGCUGAAAUUGAGGGAAUCCCUCCCAAGGUGCCUCCGAAAACCGAACCUGCAGUGCCCAAGAAGGACAAAACCAGCCCGUCGCAUUUCUUUGGCCGAGGUCUGCCCAGGCACCGAUGUAUAGAAGCUGCUCACUCAACUUCUGCUCCCAAUCUCUCUCAUCUGCGGGGCGGAUCGACCUCGAACCUGUUGUUGGAAAAGGAGCGGCAGGCAGAUCAGCUAGCAGAUCUCCCACAAUUUUCCCAAAGAUACCAUGACAAACGACCGAAAUCGUUGAAGAUACUAGGAUUAGAUGCCACGCGGCGACCAGAGAGUCCUGCGCCCGGGGAGAGCGAUGAUGUUCCAAAAGACCUUGUCAUAAGAGAAAAGCCGUCCAGGAAGAAGCCCCGGGGUAGAGCAGGGCUUGACAAUAUUGAUAUUCCGGUUGGAAAUCUGCCGCCGGGGUAUUCCAUCCAAACAGCUUCUAUGCUCUUGACCUGUCAGGAAAUUGAAGAACUUCAAAGCCAGGCUCGGCGAAGGGGGCAGAGGUUCGAAGUUCUCAAAUACAGCGAAGUAUCGUCUCUCACACAGGAAAUGCAUACUCUUAAUAAACAUUGCAAAUACCUUCGAGACACUCAUGUUGCUCUUCGAUCAGACAGACAACGUCUGCAUGGCAGAGUGAUAUCAUAUCUCAAAUCAGCCAGCGGGGUCUCCAGUUUUUCCCCCGAAGGCGUCCUCAAGCAAGAAGAAGCCUUGCUAGAAAUCGAUCAAUCAAUAGACGAAUGGGCGACCAAACUCGAAUAUGCAGAAGAGCGGCGAGCAAAGAUCCAACAGAAGCUAUUGGAGCAUAUGGUCGCCAUCCUCAACCUGCCUCAACCUGCUCCAAAGGAGCCCAGUCACAGCCGAAGCAUAAGCGAUUAUACCAGCAUCAGCGAAAAGGACAGCCGACGAAGUGAUCUCGAAUCAAUCAUAAUAUAUGCUGAUGCGGGACUUCACCGUUCAAACACCGACAAACCGUGGAUAUGA